UGCUGCUGCUGCUUCUACCGCCGCUGACAAGAAUCCAGUCCUGCUGCACUGAAAGCGUGCACACAAUUAACCGACACGGUCCGUACAGCAUCUCAGAGAGCCCCUCUGUAGCGGCACUUUGUGCUUUUUCUUGUUUUUUUUCUUUUUCUCUCUUUUUUUUUUAAUUUAGAGCUCAACUCACCAGCUUACAAGAUGAUCAAGAACGGGCAUCACCACCACCAUCAGGGAAGCACAGCAACCGGACAAGACGCAGGGAUGAUCCCCGGCGCUGCAGCUUGCAGUCCCGAGAAAAGGAGGCGAAGAAUACGGGUGUGGUGUGACGGCUGCUAUGACAUGGUGCAUUAUGGCCACUCCAACCAGCUGCGACAAGCCAAGGCCAUGGGAGAUUACCUCAUCGUGGGAGUGCACACAGACAGUGAGAUUGCGAAGCACAAGGGUCCGCCUGUCUUCACCCAGGAAGAAAGAUACAAGAUGGUACGGGCCAUAAAAUGGGUGGAUGAGGUCGUAGAAGGAGCACCUUACGUCACCACCCUCGGGACCCUCGACAAGUACAACUGUGACUUCUGUGUGCAUGGAGAUGAUAUAACAUUAACAGUUGAUGGGAAAGACACAUACGAAGAGGUAAAGAAGUCGGGCCGGUACAGGGAGUGUAAGAGAACCCAGGGAGUUUCAACCACAGAUCUGGUUGGCAGGAUGCUACUGAUGACCAAAGCACACCACAGCAACAUUGAUAGUUCAGACUAUCAACAGCACACAGACAACUUUGGAAAGGGGUCACAUGGUCAGAAGGGCCAUAGUCCCUGGACGGGAGUGUCUCAGUUCCUGCAGACUUCACAGAAGAUCAUCCAGUUUGCAUCAGGCCAGGAGCCUCAACCUGGGGACACCAUCAUCUAUGUGGCUGGAGCUUUUGACCUCUUUCACAUUGGUCAUGUGGACUUCCUGGAAGCGGUACAUAAGCUCGCAGAAAAGCCAUACAUUAUAGUGGGGUUGCACUUUGACCAGGAGGUGAAUCGUUACAAAGGGAAAAACUACCCCAUCAUGAAUGUCCAUGAGAGAACACUCAGCGUCCUGGCUUGUCGAUAUGUAUCAGAAGUGGUGAUUGGUGCACCCUUUGCAGUCACAAAAGAUUUGCUGGACCAUUUCAAAGUGGAUCUUGUAUGCCAUGGAAAGACAGAAAUAUAUCCUGACAAGGAUGGAUCCGACCCUUAUGCUGAGCCUAGGAGGAAAGGAAUCCUGCGUACAGUUGACAGUGGGAACAGCCUCACUACGGAUGCCAUUGUACAAAGGAUAAUUAAAAACAGGUUGCAAUUUGAAGCGAGGAACCAAAAGAAAGAGGCCAAAGAGAUUGCUGUAAUCCAGGCCAUGAAGCGACAAGAGGAGGAAAAGACUAAAGAAAGGACCCGGGCUGUGCUGUAGAAAGGACCAUCAACCAAGUGUCAGUGUUACCCUGACUGCUCAAUUAAUUUAACUCAUGUAUAGUAAAAAUGUACAGCUUCCACACAUGAUCCUGGCUAAUUACAGCAGUCCUUAAAGCAGCCCACUUAAAGCCACGGUGGCUUAGUCUGCUGUGGGAUCAUCAGGUAUACGGUGUGUGUGUGUGUGUGCGCGUGUGUCUCCUGUGCAUUAACAUAUUCUGCAUAUGCAACUACAUGUUCAUGUCAGUUAACGAUCACCUAUACAAAAGAAGUCUUUACUACUGAGCUGUGGACAGAAAAGCAGAAGAAAAAUAAAGCGAGAAAGAUAUCACAGCCUAUUCAAAGGACUAUUUUAUGUCUCCAGAUAUUUUAAAUAAGUUUUAAAUAUAAAUAUAAAUAAAUUUUAUUUUAUUUUUUUUUUUUUUGCCUUCAAAAACAACAAAAGAUAACUAUAGAGUACUAUAUUGUGGGAUUGGGACACAGUUUGAGAACCUGAGAUGUUAGUCAGGUUAUGAACUGUAGCAUGGAAGUGAUUUGAUUUGGCAUUUCUGUGGGGCUGCUGCUGCCAUCUGCCCAGCGUAGCCCUCAGCUGAUCUAUCCGUGUAUAUUCUGUAUGUACUGUAAGUAUGUAUGUAUGAAGUGAUUACAGCCUCCCUGGAGGAUUCUAAAACCACUUGAGAACUGGGGGAGAAAAAUGCCCUCACUUCUCUGCAUCUACGUAUGGACGUGAGAAGGUGCUGAUGGACUCUUGUGGGACCUCAUGUGCAUAUCAGGCCGCGCUCCAGUCAGACUGCACUGACUGCUCUGAAAUCAUCGCAGCUGUUCUGCUUUCUUGGUUUGCGCAGGUUUUUAAUGCAAAAAAAUGCACACUGUUGAGAACUGCAUGUCUGGACCUUUGAGUGCAUUUUUUUUUUUUUGUAAACCAACACUCGUUAGAUUUAUCAUAACCUAGAGAACACUACAGAGUUUUAAUGGACUGCUUUUAACCUUUAGUUUAAUUAGUAUAACUUGAGAACAUAUGGCAGAUGCUCAGUGUUGUUGACCUGAUCAUGGAAUAGACCUCUUACUCAUGAAGUAGACCUCUUACUGUCAUUGAGCCCUGAACAUUUUAACCUCUAUGUCUAUAUCAAAUGGGAUUAAAUAAUAUAUUUUUUGUAGAUGUAUAUUUUACUCACCUCAUCUCCAUUAACUACUGUGUAGAUGGUUUCAUAUUGUAUUAAAGCAUAAUAUAUCUGUAUGUCAAGUUGGAAUGUGUUCAGUGUAGGCUAUAAUCUGUAUGUUAUUGACAAACUCCCAGUUGACAAAUACUGUAGAAACUGAUUGGACUACAGUAUACUAUUGCUGAUAAUAAUAACAUUUUAAUCUGAAA